AUGGACUCGGACCCCCACCGCCCACCCCAGAGCCCCCCCCACGCCUUGGCCCCCCCCUUGAACCUGCCCUUGAUCCUGGAGGAGCUCCGCGUCCUGCAGCAGCGCCAGCUCCACCAGCUCCAGCUGACCGAGGACAUUUGCCGCCAGGUUCUCCUCUUGGGCACCCUCCAGCCCCACAAGAGCCCCCUCCUGCCCCCCAAGCCGGCCCUCUUCCACCUCCUGCCCCCUUUCCGCCCGCCGGCACCGCCGCAACCACCGGGCGGGCGGCGCGAGUGCACCGUGUGCGGCAAGGCCCCGGGCGCCCGCCAGCCCCACGCGCCCGAGCGGCCCCACCGCUGCCCCGUGUGCGGCAACCGCUUCGCCGCCCGCGGCAGCCUCAAGGCCCACUGCCAGCGGCACCGCCAGCGCCCCCCGCACGUGGCCGCGGGCCCCCCGCCAGCCCCACAGCGCCUCCAGCUCCUCCUGCCCGCCACGGCCGUGGCGGCGGCGGUGGCGGCGGCGGGCAAGGGGGCAGAGGGUAACGGGGGCAAGCAACAGGGCAAUGGGGGCAACCAAGUCAACAGGGGCAACCAAGUCAAUAGGAGCUACCAGCUGGCCAAUGGGGGCAACCAGGUCAGUGGGAGCACCCAAGUCAACGUGGGCAACCAACCACUCAGUGGAGGCAACCAACCAACCAAUGGGGGCAACCAGGUCAGUGUGGGCAAGCAACCACUCAGUGGGGGCAACCAAGUCAAUGUGGGCAACCAACCACUCAGUGGAGGCAACCAACCAACCAAUGGGGGCAACCAAGUCAGUGUGGGCAAGCAACCACUCAAUGGGGGCAACCAAGUCAACGUGGGCAACCAACCCCUCAGUGGAGGCAACCAUCCAACCAAUGGGGGCAACCAGGUCAGUGUGGGCAAGCAAGUCAACGUGGGCAACCAACCACUCCAUGGGGGCAACCAAGUCAACGUGGGCAACCAACCACUCCAUGGGGGCAACCAAGUCAACGUGGGCAACCAACCAACCAAUGGGGGCAACCAGGUCAGUGGGAGCAACCAACAGGCCAAUGAGGGCAAGCAACCACUCAAUGGGGGCAAGCAAGUCAGCGUGGGCAACCAGCCACUCAAUGGAGGCAACCAACCUCUCAACGGGGGCAACCAAGUCAAUGGGAGCGAGCAAGUCAAUGUGGGCAACCAACCAACCAAUGGAGGCAACCAGGUCAGUGGGGGCAAGCAGCCACUCAAUGGGGGCAACCAAGUCAACGUGAACAACCAGCCACUCAAUGGAGGGAACCAACCAACCAAUGGGGGCAAGCAAGUCAGCGUGGGCGACCAACCACUCAGUGGAGGCAACCAAGUCAAUGGGAACAACCAAGUCAAUGGGAGCAGCCAAGAGGUCAGUGGGGGCAAGCAAGUCAAUGUGGGCAACCAACCACUCAAUGGGGGCAACCAAGUCAAUGUGGGCAACCAACCACUCAAUGGGGGCAACCAAGUCAAUGUGGGCAACCAACCACUCAAUGGAGGCAACCAAGUCAAUGUGGGCAACCAAAUCAAUGGGGGCAAGCGACCACUCAAUGGGGGCAACCAACAUGUCAAUGAGGGCAACCAAGUCAAUGUGGGCAACCAACCACUCCAUGGGAGCAACCAAGUCAAUGGGAGCAACCAAGUCGAUGGGGGCAGCCACCCGCUCAGUGGGGCCACCCAACCGCUUAAUGGGGGCACCCAAGUCAAUGAGGGCAACCAAGAGUUGAACGUGGCCACUCACGAUCUCAAUGGGAGCAAGCAACUGGUCGAUGUGGGUGCCCAAGAGGUCAAUGGGAGCCCCCAGGAAGUCAAGGUGGGUGCCCAAGAGGUCAACGUGGGCGCUCAGCAUCAUGGUGGGGCCGGCCAAGGCCAUGUGGGCACCCAGCUGGGCGAUGUGGGCAACCGACAAGGCAAUGGGAGCACCCAACAGGUCAACCCAAGCACCCAUCAGGUCAAUGUGAGCACCCAGCCCAUCAACCCAAGCACCCAUCAGGUCAAUGUGAGCACCCAGCCCAUCAACCCAAGCACCCAACAGGUCUUCAAGGGCACCCAAGCCAUCAACCCAAGCACCCAACAGGUCAACAUGGGCACCCCUCAAGUCAACGUGGGCACCCAACAGGUCAACGUGGUCACCCAACAGGUCAACGUGGGCACCCAACAGGUCAACCCAAGCACCCACCAGGUCAAUGGGGGCACCCAUCAAGUCAACAUGGGCACCCAACAGGUCAACGUGGGCACCCACCAGGUCAACCCAGGCACCCACCAGGUCAACGUGGGCACCCACCAGGUCAAAGGGGGCACCCAACAGGUCAGCGUGGGCACCCACCAGGUCAACCCAAGCACCCACCAGGUCAACGUGGGCACCCAACAGGUCAACGUGGGCACCCACCAGGUCAACCCAAGCACCCACCAGGUCAACGUGAGCACCCAACAGGUCAACGUGGGCACCCAGCAGGUCAAUGGAGGCACCCAUCAAGUCAACGUGGGCACCCACCAGGUCAACAUGAGCACCCAUCAAGUCAAUAGGAGCCCCCACCUCAACCUCGCCGCCUUCCCCAAGCUCCGGCUGCUGUCGGGCGCCGACGGGCGCGACCAGAACCCAUGGCCCCUCUUCCGCCCCCCAUCACCGUCACCAUCAUCAUCGUCAUCAUCGUCAUCAUCGUCAUCAAUGGAGGCCCAAUGGCACCGAGGGGGCUCAGGGGACAAAAUGGCGGCCGUUGCCAGGGAGACGGUGCGCAAGAUGGCGGCGGUUGCCAUGGAGACGGAGGUAGCAUCCAAGAUGGCGACGGUUGCCAUGGAGAUAAGGGGUAGCGUUCAAGAUGGCGUAGACGUACGCGCCCGCCCCUAA